CUCGUCUGGUUCUGAUCAAGAUGUUGUGCUGUCACUAGGUGCAAAACUAGCAGACUAGGAAGCUGCUGCCUGCAUAGCAUAAAGAUGUGUCCUCCUCACAAGCUUCCAAAUGAAGAUGACAUUUGAGAUCACGAUCAAGCUUCGACGCGUGCCGCACCAUCACAAGGACUACAGAAAUCACAGCAAUGGAAGCUUUUCUUUCCGAGACCUGUUCUGCAAGCAGACUUAGAAGGACCUGCGACAGAGCCAAAGGACACAGCAAAGUCGGGCAGCUGAGAGUUGCUUGUGAACAAAGGUGCUCCCGUCGUCGAAGAGUCAAGACGACGGUCAAAGAUCACGCUUACGGCAGGUCGGCGAAUGCGGGCACGAGCGCUGAACGCGGGGCGGAGGCUGCAAGACUUUUCGCACACUCAUACUCGCUGCGACUCUUGACUGGCCCGAGACGCCUUCUUCCUCUCCCUUUCUUCUUUCUUCUUCCCACACAACCAACCCCAAAGAGUUGCCAUCACCAACUUAACACGCCUUGUGUUUGCCUGGCCUCAGACCAUUGCAGACCACCCCUGAGACAAGACUCAACACCCUACACCCUCCAACGCUCGCCCGCAUUCCGGAUCCGACUUGAAAUCUACCAAGAACCCGCGACAUUCAGACCAAGCAGGCAGUUUAUGUAUUCGUCCCGCCGCUCUCAACGACUCGCAGUUCCGGACCCUCCCAAGCUGCAACCCUUUCGUAUAUUGCGAAGACCUUGUAGCAACCAACUCACAAACGACUGAACAAUUGCAUGUUGUCGACCAAUAUCGCCAACCCAUCAACAAUCUCCCACACCUACAUUUUACCCUAAACCAAAUUUUACCAUUAACCACCAACAACCGCAAUCAUGGCUGGAGGAUCUGUCAACAUCCGUCGCGACAUCAGCGACCCCUUCUAUCGCUACAAGAUGGAGCGUCUUCAAUCCAAGAUUGAAGGAAAGGGUAACGGUAUCAAGACCGUUGUCGUCAACCUGAGCAACGUCGCUCAGCAACUCGCACGCCCUCCUACUUGUAAGU